AUGUCYUGGUUGCGCUUUUAUCUGCCUCUCCACAUUUUCAUGGCAAUUUGUUUGUGYCAUGCUAUAAAAGCACCCACCAGCAGCUCCCAACAGAGCUUCAAGACUGAUCUCUUCAAUUUCUACCACUCCCUGAUACUUGCAGACGGUAAGGAAACCACCAUUCACCUGCUGAAGGACAUACCYAAAAGGUACUGCUUUGUUUUGGAAGAGGGAAGGGUCCUGGCACCUUUCUCGAUAACCGUGACCCCCUGUGAUGUUCCCAUUGAAUGGAGCAUACUCCUGUACAAGUCUCCUCCAGGUUUCCCAGGGAAAGCAACACCAGGUGGCCACAGUACACAAGAGGUCUCCAAAUCUCCGCAGGCUCCAAGCAUGGUGUCCACCAUUUUCAAGUACAAGGGAAAUUCUGUCGAGACUUACAUGGGGAUGUCUUCCCAUUCUGCYCUUUACCUGCUGGAGUUCCUCUCCACUGAGCGAGACACGCACAUCACCGUGUACCUAACAACUGACACCAUCUCUGGGCACCUCUACCCCGAGCUUCCCAUGGACCCACGCAUCGAYGUGAUCGGCAUCGGCCACACCACAGCCACUCUGAGCUGGAAACACAGCCCUUCUGUCCUGCAGCACGCAGAAAGCAUCCAGUACUGCCUGCUAGUKAAUGAAAAGCACAACUAUAAGAGCUUAUGUGCUGCUGAGACAGCCAUCAGAUCCUCUGGGAUGAAAAUGCCACCCACCUUAGCUCUGUCCCUCUCUCCAUACCUGCUCGAGCCRCAGCAGGUGAUGAUACUGUCCAACAGCGAGCUGAGCAUCAUCAACAAAGCGAGCCAUGGGGAGGUCAGGCAGGUGUGUGUGGGUACCAGGAACACCUACACAGUGCCCCACCUCAGCCCCAGCACUCAGUACUACUUUGAUGUUUUUAUUGUCAAUCUCCUUACAAAUGCCAGCGCCGCAUACACCGGGACAUUCGCCAGGACCCUGGAAGAACCUGAACCCAAGGUGACAGAGCUGAAAGAUGGCAAAGUCAUUCACGUGGUCCUGGAUGGGAAAAAGCAGAAGUUCUACAGUCUGCAGUACCAGGCCAGGCACAARAAAAUCCACUUCACCUUUCAGCUGUGUCGGGGCCAGAUAAGGGUUCACAUAACGAGGAAGGGCAAAACAGUGGCAUCGGAAAAUCUCUCUGGGCUGAGGUAUUUAUCCCUGAAGGGAAAGCUGCUGGACACAUAUUUGGUACAGCUGAGGUCCACAGAGGAAUCCAUCUCUUCUGUCAAGGUACAGGCAUCCCCCCAUUUCCACAAGCCCUUAUUUCCACUCCUUCCAGAGAGCUUAAAAAUCAAAUCCUUCAGUAAACUGAGAACGUGCAGAUCUGUGACCAUUGCCUGGCUGGGAACACAGGAGGACAGCAAGUACUGCGUGUACAGGAAAAGGAUUGAAGAGGAUCAGAUCUGGAGGGAAYUGCAGAAUGCAGACAGGUGCUCUGGGCCUGAAUCUCGGCACAAAUCGGAGAAAGUGCUCUGCAAGUACUUCYAUGAUCUAAACCUCCAGCGAGCUGUCACCACAGAGACCAUCAAAGGGCUGGAGGCAGGGACAUUCUACUUGUUUGAUGUUUAUCUCUUUGGGCCAUCUGGCAUCCCUGUCAGAUAUCACAGCAAAGUUGUGAAGACCAGAAAAAAGUGUUGAAGGUUUUAAAGGRAAGUUUUGAAGUGAGUGAAUGAAGGUUAAUUUUAAAAUCUACACCAAUCCAAGUCAUAGCCCCUGAACUGUGCUGACACAUAAAAAGUUCGAAGCCAUAAGAUUCUACAGC